UGUGUGCAGUUGGAUGUUGUCUACCGACCAAAACCGAAGUAGAACUAACACGUGUGUGAUGGUCCAACACACUGUACAUUUAACAUUGACUGUCGACUUCGUCUACAAAAACCAUGGCGAAAAAACGACCCAGCAAAGAUUCAGAGGAGCCGAAUAUUCAAUUAAAGAAAGUAAAAGAAUCCGAAUUUAAUGGAACGGUUUUUAAAGCCUUUCUGAGAGAGCCCGCAAAAGCAAUGUUUGGUCUUGAGACAUUCAUAUUAAAAGCGAAACAACUGCCAUGCCCUGACCUGUACGAUGUUGUUGAAGGGUACAUAAAGAUUUCAAUGGAAUGCUCAGAAAUCUUUUACUUACUUGAGGGAGAAAAGCACACUGAGAAUGAGAUGAUCCUUAUCUUCCAGACCUUGGAAAUGAUCCUACUGAGAACAGCCAGUGAUCUUAAUCACUUCAGUAUGGUUGGCAAUACUAUAGUGAAGAAAACAGUGUCUACUCACAUGAAACUCAUACAAAGCUCUCUUCACUCAGGCAACCACAGGUUUGUUCGGCGGUGCCUCUGUUUCCUGUCUGCCAUGGUGUCUCAGGGCCCAGACGCAGCCCGAGAGGUUUUCCGGCACUUUCAAUUCAACAAAAGCCUGAAUGGACUUGCUAGAAGACGAGAUAAGAUGGGAAGACCUGAUGUCCGAAUGGCUUUUAUACAGUUUGCCCUGUCGUUUUUGGUAUCUGGGGAUAAUGGAACAAUUGGACAGUUACUAGAGAUUAAGGAUUUCCUGCCGGAUAUUGUAAACUCUGGACUGAAAGAGGACAGGAUAUCCAUUGUCAACCUGAUCUUGUCUACUCUGCAGACUAGAGUUGUGCAGAACAAGGCAAUCAGCAAGACACAAAAAGUGCGCUUCUUUAGCCCAUCUGUGUUAUCCAAUUUAGCGUCAUUGUACAGAUGGAAUGGGAUUGUGGAUGCAAGCACAGGAGAGAGCAAGGAAGCAGGAAAUCAAGAGUCUGGGAAAAUGGUUGUGCGCCAAAUAGUUCACAAUUUCCUCAUUGACUUGUGUUGCUCUCGUAAACAUGGAAUAAGUUUCUAUGACCCCAGCUUUGGAAUAAUUGGCAGGGCUGGGAACAUUGUUCUGCUGCAGUUCUUGGUGGGGCUAAAAAAAGCCACAGAGGAUGAGCUUGUUGCAGAGCUUGUGGCCAAGACACUAAAAGUCAGUCCUGACAUUCUUCCUCGAUAUUUUAAGGAAAGUCAGUAUUCCUUCACUCCCCGUGUCAAGAAUGCUUGGCAGGACAACAUGACUCUACUAAAUAUGAUCUACGAGGCUCAACCAGAGAUUUCCAAAGCCUUCCAGACUCGAGAAGUCAUCCCUCUUCCUCGUCUGCUAUCCAUGGUGAUGGUGACAUCCAUCCCACCAGUUUGUAGCAAAGCAUUCUUCACCCAGGGCCUCAAUUUAGCCAACACAGUGGUGCAGGAAACGACCCUCUCUAUGGUGUCCUUCGUUCUGAAGAGAGCCCAUAAAAACAUACAGUACUGCCUGGAUAAGACUGUGUGGGAGACCUCUGAUAUCUACACACCGGCCGUAAUGGAUGACUUUGUACAACUUUACAAGGAGGCCUUGAGCAAGAUUUUGCCAGAUAUGACCAGCAUUGUGUCAAAGUGGCAAUCACUAACAAAAAAGGAAAAGGAUGAGUGCGAACCACAGAAAGAAAAAAAAGAAAAUACUUCCAAAGAAAAGGAUCCUCAAGAGACAGCAGAUGCUGAGGCUCAAGAGAUUAUCCGUCUGAAGGCUCUUAUUCUACAGGUCAUGUAUCUAUAUCAGAAGGUUGUGCCACAUCUGGUAACCCAGAGCAAGUUUGACUUUAGCAAGCUUUUAAAAGGUAUUGUGUCAGAAAAAGGUGUGAGCGAGGAUGCUCCCCUUGACCUCCAGUAUCAAAUACUGCAGCUGUGUUUACAUCUCCCUACCAGCAAGUUUUCCUGGUUCCAUGUUCAGGAGGUUGUAGAUGCAGAGAAGUCUGUGUUUUACCUGCUUCUGAAGAUGUUUGCAAACAGCAAUAAUAAUCAUCUCAAGACCUGCACACGAAUGCUGGUGCUUAAAGUACUGAAAGACACUGGUGUCUUUGAGUACACCGGGACUGAGCUAGAGUUCUGGCUCAGCCACUUGGUUCAGCUAAAUCUAGCCAAUCUGGAGACAGUCAUUCAGUUCAUAGAAAGGGUCUUGGUGAACCUGGUUUACAACCCUCAUAUGUACACAGAAAAGGUGGCAAGCUUGGUUCAGGAGGCAGCGUAUUUGCAAGCAAACUUGAGUGGCCAGGAGGGUGACACUGUCAGUGCACCCAUCUCAAACAUUGAUGAUGUCUUGGGCAUGGUGGACGUCAUCAUGGAGAGCAGUGAAGAUGAGAUUGAGGCAUUUGGGCCAUCUCUCAGUGAAGACCUCAUCCUCUUGACCUUUCCCUUCAGUGCAUUGGUCCCUGCUGUGCUCGAGGCCAGGAACAAACUGCUAAUAGCUUGCAAAGUGGACAAUGAGGUGGUGUGUGAAUAUGUGGCAGCAGUGCUUUCAGACAUACUGCAUUGUCAAAGAGAUCCACUUCCCCUCUGCCUGGCUUUACUGCAGUAUGAUGAAGAGUUGGUCGUCUCCUCUGAAGAUUUCCCACCUCAUCCCUCUAUCAUACAUCUCCAUCACUACUUUUCAAGAUGGCUGCCACAGCAGUUUCAGAAACAACUGUUCAAGUCAUCUGACAGUCCAAGCAAUAGCUCACUUGGGCCUGUUUCCUUCACUGCCUUGAUGAAAGCUAAAUACAGCCAAGAAGCUUCUGCUUUUUUAGACAACCGCUUCAGGAGGACAGUGGAGGAUUGUCUGUCCACUAUGGACAUGGCUUUGUUUCCAGUGGCUGUUAAGCAAGUCUUGUUCUACAUAAAAUCCACUUUGGACAAUUUCAGCAAGCUUUCCAAAGAAUCGGGUGCACCAGUAUUGAGUACUCUCAUGGGAGUUCUGCAGGACAUAGUUAGCAAGCUCCUAACCUUCCAUGGGACAAUGGAACUCAUGACUGUGGAUGUUGAAGAGGGAGCAGACCUUUUACACGAGGUCAACUUGGCAAAGGACCACAAUGACCUGACCAUUAUGGCUGUUCUGACUUCCAUCUUCAAGCACCCUUGUCUGGAGCAAUGGUUCCUGGCUGUGGAACUGGCCUCUGUACCCCCUCACACCCUGAACCCAGGCAGACUGAAGCUUCUAUGUGGCCAAUUAAGUGACGACAUCCUGGACCUGCUGCAGAUUAGUGCCCCCUACCUGAGCAAGCUUGGCAGGCUAGAGCUUCUUAGUAGCUUUCUUAGCGCUGUGAGUAAGGCUUUGCUUCAAGAGUUGGGAGAAAAGGGCUCCAAAGCACCUGUGAAGAUGUCCCGAGCUAUUAAAGGUUUCCUAGUCCUGCAUGACUACAUGGACUCCUCCCGAGUAGUGGAGGUGGUUACAGCUCUGCUGCUGCUCCCCCAGGAAGGCCUUAUCACCUUCUGUGACAAAACCAUGCCUACUGAGCUCAGUGUGUAUGGGUGCACAGCGCUACAGGUCCUGACAGAGAGCACCUCCCAGCCCUUCAAAGACCAUGGUCUGUCCGUGGCUCAUCUUCAGGGCCUUGGCAUUCUGCUGCUGUCCUGCUCCAGCCCUGCCCUCGAAGCCUACCUCCUUCAAGUCCUUAUUAGUGAGCCGGGAUGUGCCAAGUUAAUACACAUUGAGGUGCUGCAGUACUGUCUUAAGAAUCUUAGCCAUUCCACCCAGACCAUUGGCUCCCUACUGUUACAAAAUUGUUCCACUCAUUGCCUCAUCUUUGAGCUGUGGUGCCUGGAGCCUGCCAACAUGGAGCGACUAUCUGGUCAAAUGGAGGACUUUCUUCCCUUGGUCAAUACCUACCUCCUGACAGUUUGCAGAGAGGACCCUGCCAGACUUAAAGAUGUGCAAACCAAGGUGUUGAAGGCCCUGAAGCAGUCCCUCUUGGCCCCACUGUGCACCUCCGUGCUUAGUGAGGAGACAAGAGACUCUGUGGUUCAGCAUGUGAAGACUCUGGCUAGUCUUGUCAAGCUGGCAGCUAAAGUUGAGGACAUAAGCAAUCUCAUCUCCAACCUACCUGCUGUCCUGCAGAGAGAAGGCAGCUGUGAAUGGUUGCAGCUGAUUGAUGCUGUCAGUGAUAAACUGACAACAGUUUCUACAGAGGAGCAAGACUCCUGGAAGAAGUCUAUCUUUAGUGUUUCCCUGAAGUGGUUGAUCUCCUCUUUCUGCCAGCGUAAAGAAAAGGUAAAAGUCUCAUCGGCCCAGGAGGAUGCUGUUCUGGAGAGACUGUCUGGGAUGUUGACUUUUGCAGAUGUCACAGCAAUCGAAUGGAAUGGCUUUGUGAAGACUGGACUGAAGUAUCGAUACAGAUGCCCUCUCUUCCUGAGAACUCUGAACAAGUUUCUAGACGUCAUGUAUGAUGGCAGGGAUACCCUCACAGACUUGUUGCCCUUAGUUACUAUGCACAUGAUGAUCAGCAGCCACUCUCUGUUCUUAUCCACCAUGCUGGGUUCAGAAGUGGACAUCUGUGGAGACUGGCAGGCUAAAGAAGCCUUGGUUUCUCUCUUAUUAACCUUGGUGAAGAUGUGUCCUGCAGUCUGCAACCUCAACCACUUAGUUGUGCUUUUAGGAGCAUAUGGAGGGACACUGUGCAUUUCAGAUCAGAAAAUUUUACUCCUUCUGCAAGAGUAUGAACAAAACAACAUCAGUAUGAUAGAUUUUCAGUCUCUCCUCUGGGGCCCUGCAGCGGUAGACCACCACAAGGCAAAGAAAAGCUUGGGGCAGUCCCUUUGGCAGCAACCCAGCACAGAGGACCUACUGGACCUUCUGAAAGCUGAGAGGAUGCUACACACAAUCACCCAUUUCCCCCAGCAACGCAGAAUCAUACCAAAGGAGGGAAAAGAGAUGGUUUACAGAGACGACCAAGUGAAGGACCUUGAGAGUUUAUAUGACCCUUGCUUUCUCCUGCCACUCUUCAGUGCAAUGCUACAGCCAGAGUCAGUGAUUGACUGCUUGAAGUUUGUAUCCAGCCAUGCCCUUGGGUUGGUAAUGGUGGCCCUGAGUAGUUAUGACUCAAAGUUGAGGGCAGCAGCCUAUCAAGUUCUGGCCUGCUUCUGCCAGCACAUUGAGGGAGCACGCUUUAAAGAGAAGAAACAACUGCUUUAUCUUAUGGACACAGUCAAGAAUGGCAUCAAGCAACAUAAUCUCAGGCUCCCCCUUGUGGUGACCAGUUACAUCAGCAAGGCAGCCCAUCAGAUGCUGAAGCCUGAGGACCACAUGUAUGUUUUAGUUAACAGGUUCCUGCUAUGUCAUCAGAGUCUAGACAUCAGAAGAGUCCCAGAGUUCUUCAAGCUCUUCUACAGCUUUGACAUGGAGCACAAGGUUGAGCGAAAGUGGAUCAUCAGUGUCCUGGAAGAAGGCUUGGCUGAUAGAUACUGUUAUGAGCUAUGCGACCAACAGGGGAUUUUCCAGACCCUGCUAAGCUUCAGCAGCAGUUCCCUCUGUGAUGAGCAAACUCUGGUUCAGAUUUUAAAUGUUUUACACCAGGCUGUCCAAGUAACCAAAGCUGCUUACAACUUCACCAAGGGUCAUGGAUUGAUAACCUGGGCACAACAAUUAGUGGAGAGGAGACACAUUGAUCAGUGUGUUCUCAGUGCAGUCAUAGAUCUGAUCCAUGUGGUAUGGUUUACCAACCUUGGGCAAAAGGAAAGCCAGAACAUUGUGGCCACUGCAGAGAAUAAACCUCAGAGGCACACAAAGUGCUUACCGCUUCCUCUCAUCAAUGAGUUCUUGUGUCUCUUCUCCACCAUCAUCAGACACCUGAGGGGUGUGAAGGCAGCACAUCUGAGCCUGUUAGUGGAUACACUGAGCUCUGUUUUGAGGCAUCGAAGGACAGCUCUCAAAAUCCAUGAAGAGAGCGACUGGCUGACUCUGCAACCACAAUCCCUGUCUUCCUCUGCGGCCCUCUCUUUGCUCCACUGCUGGGCCUCAAUGGCCCAUGAUGUAGCUCUACUGACCCUAUUGCAACAUGUGGCUGAGAAGCACAUGAUGGAGUUGUUUGAGACUGUGAAGGACAAAGGCUGUAAUUUCCUUUCUACUCGGUCUUGUGCCCAAGAAGGGGAACAGAUGGAUGAUGAUAAGGUGGAAAAGCAGAAACAGACCAUUCUGGCUAACUGUAAACCUCACCUCAGGAAUAUAUUCACCUACUGGGAGCCUGUUUCUCCAAUCUCUGAGCUAAAGGGCAGUAAGCAUUCCCAGGAAAGUGACAGUGAACACCUUAGCUGUCAAGACAGUGCCACAGCACACCUGCUCAUAAAGUGGUCACUAAGAUCAUUGAUCGAAGAGAAAUGUAAUGAAAGGGGAACAGUAGACUUCAUUCAGUGGUUACAAAAUGUGGCAAUACCUAACAAAGGCAUAUUAGAUGCACUACUCUGUGAUCGUGCACUGAGAGCAGACCUUCUCAGGCUGUAUCACCAGAUGUCUGAGCACCAGUACCAGUCCUGGACUUGCUCAAGAGUUGAGAUGCUCCAGCUGUUCACAAGCAUCAUGAUACACCUACUGGAGGCGUGCAGCAGCCCCUCUAAUAAUCUACAUCAAGUGGUGCUCUCUUUUUGUUUGACAGAGACUACACAUGGCCAGUCCAGAAAAGAAGCUGGGCUGAUGCUGCUGUCACAAUACAUAUAUGAAAUGUGGAGUGGAGCCACAUCCCCAGAGGUGUUUCUGCUACAUGUCAAACUGGUUGCAGGGGCUGAGGAGAAAGGACCGAAAAAGUCACUGGCCCAAAGAUCUGUCAAAAGUAUUUGUAGUGCCAUUAGUCAAUCAGUUGGUCUUUGAAGACAAUAUACUCAAAGAGAAAGUUUAGUCCUUCUAUUUGUGAACUACAGUUUGUACUUUAGUUUUCAUAUUUGUAUUUUCUGCAUUGAAACUUUAAAAUGUGAACUGCUUAAUCAAAUGUAACAUUAUCAAACCUUGCAUAACGUGUUUAUAUAAAACAAAGCUUUUUAUAUACCUGUUAAGCAGAAAAGGAACUUCUCAGCUGUGUGGUUUGGGUGCUGUGUGGUCUGUGUAAAAGAUUGAAUGAACUGAAUUUCCGAGUUGUGAAUUCUGGUUCAUUGCAAUUCUUAACAAAAUACUGUUUUAAAAUUCAUAACCAGCAAUUUUGAUAGUAAACAUUGCUUCAUCAACACUGUGGAACCCUUACCGUUGCGUGUUCUUAGGGUGUGACAUGAGUAUCAAAAUUCCAAAAAAGAAACUCACAAACGCAGCCAAAAACAUCCAGAAUAUUAUAACAACUGAAUCUAUAAAAUAAAGUAAAAAUAAGACAUUAGAAUAAAAAUCAUUGUACUGAAAUUGAUUUUCCAAAUGGUAAUAAAUGUAACUACUUACA